UGGCAGCGAGGUUGCGACGAGAGUUGGCAGCUCUCCUGCUCGCCUGCUGGCUCAACGAGAAAGAAUAUCAACGCGCACGACCAGCGGAGGGUCGUAAAGUGCGGAAGGUGUGCGACGAGGGAUAGUGAAAAGUGUGCGAGCUAACGGGGUUUCGCGUAUUCACGAAUCGCGUCAGUUCAGCAGUUUUUCUUCUUCCUACGUUUGGCAGAAAAGUGCGAAUGUGCUUUGUCGGAGGAAGGAGAACCAAAUCCCCCCAGGAAUAUCCUCAGGGUGUUUCGUCGGGGCAGACGAUUUGACUAACAGUUUCGGAAGGCUUUCGAGUUGAAAGUAGCAUAAAUAAAUAACACUGUAGCGUGGGAGUGCGUCGGAUGUAGGCAAAAUUGUAUCGAAAAAUUAGUAGAAAAACGUGCUAACCCGUAGACCGAGUUGGGGAAUUUCGCUCUCAACAACAAACAAACCGCGGUAAGAAAUCAGUAGCGAAGAUCGCUCGACGGGAACGGAAAGUCAUUUGGAUUCGUUCACUCGCCUGCUCAGACGAGAUUUCAUUGAAAAUUGAGCCACGUCCCCAUUUCGUUAGCUCGCGAUAAACCGGCUCGUUUUUUUGCGUCUCUCCAGAGUCCCCUGCGACCAGUAUACAAAAUUAGUACGAAAGUGUUUAGUUUCCUGAAGCGCGGUCCAGCACAAAGUUUCAUACGAUUCCGUACACAUAGGUGCAAGGGAGUGAAGAGAUCGAUCGUGUUCGCCAUUUUGCUGGUUGGCCGACAUCCCGCGCGCGGAAUAGCAUCGCGCCGACUUCCAUCAUUGGCGAGUGGGGGCGUGCGCGCAGGAUUGCAGGGUGGUGGAUUCCCUACAGAAUCGUCUCGUGCACCCUUAAGAUCCACGAGCGCGAGAGACGGAUGGAGCUGUAGCUGGGACAGGGCGAAGUACGGGUAUAUAUACAGAAGGAGAAGCUCUUGCGACGCGUUCGUCCCUCGGCAGAAGCGCGACCCUCCGUUCUUCGUGGAGGCUCGAUUGCGGGGGGAUUGAAAGUAAAAAAAAAAGGAAAACAACGUAGAGGCCGCCGAGGGAAGAGGUGAGUGAAAAGAAGAAGAAGAAAAAAGAAACGCGAGCCUUUCGAAUUGGCGCGUUGACGUUUAGCGGUGUGUUAUUGAUCGAGCGCCAUACUCCCGCGUUACGGUGUUCCCUCGGCCGUGAGAGGGUGCGUGAGUGCCGUGCCGAAGAAGCACCUAUUUCGUAGCAGUUCAGUACGAACGAACGAGACGGAUAAGACGCGUUGUGCGGAGGUGAAUAUUUUAUCGACCAUUUUAAAAGUGUCGUCGUUCAAAGCAUAAGAAUUGUGUGCGCGGGAGGAACAAGGUGCGGGGGGUAAUUUAAGGAAGUCGGGAGUGCAGAGCGUCCGGGAGGCGGAGAGCGGUAUCCUAUUGCCCUGAGGGAAUAAGGCAGCAGGCUGGGAGGACGGUUGAGCGAAGUUGUGGGUCCCGUCGUGGAGGAGGCCAUCGAGCCGGGGGAUGCGACCCCGCUGACGGGACCCUCGAGGGAGGUCUCGAUACCUUGGGCACCUCCGCCACCUCCGAGGAUCACGACGCCGAGUCCACCUCGGCCUCCGCCGCCGCCCCUGCCGCCGCAAAAUCAGCAACAAAAUCAAAAUCAGUCUCAGCAGCAACAGCAGCAACAGCAGCAAGGCCAACAUCACUUGCAGCCCCAAACGCAGCGUGAUCAACAACCGCAGUUGACCAAAAGCCACAGCCAGAGUCAAAUACACUCGUUGCAAGCGAGCCAACACCAAUUGCAACAUCAGGUCAGCGAGCCCGGUAACAAUCAGUCGGUAAACAUGGGCACAGUCUUGUCCUUCAGUCCACGUGAUCGGCGCGCUUCGGCUUACCCGACCACCGGCCACCAUCCGCAAACAACUGACUUCACCCUCAAUAAUUUCAAUUACGAGCAAUUAAACAACGCGAAAAAUCGCGAAAACAAAAGCGUCGCGGCUGUUGCGCCUGCCCCGACGACUCAGAACAAUCAUCCACCCACGAACAACAAUUCGUUACAAAACAACAAUAUCAAUCUCAAUAACAAUGACAAUGAACGCAUCAUUUCCGAAAAAAAUGCCCUCGAGAAAAACCUCAAGAAACAUUCCCUAUUCAUCAACGCACUUUCGUGGAAACGAUUUAGUACUGCAAACAACAACAAAAAGAAACUCGAUAACAAAAAUAAGAACAUCACGUUCCGUCAGCCACUCGACAAUAUUCCCAUCGUCGACAAGAAUAAGAACAUACAAACGCCUCAGACCAAAGCGCCGCUCUCGAACAACAAUCAUACGACGCACAAUCCAACGUGCGAAAAACUCGUGCAAAAGUACCUUCCACCGGGACCUAGGAAAACUGUGAUUCAAGCAUCAACCUCGGAAUUGCUCAAGUGCCUCGGCGUUUAUUUGCACGAAAAGUGCACGAGACUGCGGGAUUUUCAAGCUGGUGACGCUGUCAUGUGGCUCAGAACUGUUGAUAGGAGUUUGCUGCUUCAAGGCUGGCAGGAUGUUCCUUUCAUAAAUCCGGCCAACGUUGUGUUCGUGUACAUGUUAGUGAGAGAAUUGGUCGACGGGGAGGAGGCCUCCGAGCGAGAACUCCAAGCCACCGUUCUGACGUGCCUCUACCUGAGCUACAGCUACAUGGGCAACGAGAUUAGCUACCCGCUGAAGCCGUUCCUCGUUGAGGACAGCAAGGACAAAUUCUGGGACCGCUGCCUCCUGAUCGUCAAUCGCCUGAGCUCCAAGAUGUUGCGAAUCAACAGCGAGCCCGGAUUCUUCACGGAAAUCUUCACCGAGCUCAAGGUAUAUGAGACCCCGUGGAGUCGGCCGUGGGCGAACGACAUCCUAUAAAAUUCGAAGGGUCUGGUUGCGGGGCCGGAGAACGCGGAACUCUUACUGGAAGCGGCCUCGAACGAAGCCUCGUUGUCUCCGGAGUCGCGGUUCCCACCAAGGCGGCUUGACGGAGCUACACACAUCUGUUCGUGCGCAUCGCCAAGCA